AUGUACCGGUUAUUGGCUAGUCGUUUUUCAAGAAAUUUCAACGUGAUUAAACGUGCCAAAUCUAACGUUCCAGCUCGCAAGGAAGUAACCGAGAAAAAUGCUGUAUUCGAUAAGGUUACUCAUACGGGACAGGCAUGGGAUCAGACUGACUACAGACUCCAGCGUUUUGAGAUAGCACCAAAACAGGUCAAUCCUAAUAUUGCCCAAAAAUUGAUUGCCGAAGUGCCUCCGAUUGCAUCCAACGAACAUGUGGUGUUUUGCGACGGAGGCCAUCCUGCACUUGGACAUCCUCGUGUUUACAUCAAUCUCGAUAAACCCGGUACUCAUGCUUGUGGAUAUUGCGGUCAGAAAUUCUACAAUCCACACACGACAAGCGAAGAGGAUAAAACUAAAUCUUAUAUCGAUUGCUGA